UUUGGAAACUUUAACAUUUAUAAAUGUAUGAAUAACAUGGUGAAAAUAUGACUUUGAAAAAGUGAACUCUCAAUUUUUUCUCUUAUGAUAUGCUAAAUAACCAAAAAUAUUGCUGUUAGAUUAUGACUGUUUGACUUUACAAAUGGCACCCCAUAAAGAAAUUAAAAACUAGUUUAUUGCAUCAUGUGUUGUUAUUGUUGUUUUGUUCUAACAGCAGCCCUCAGUCAUAAAUGUAAUUUAUUUGCAUUUCAGUCACAAAUGAUGAAACAUUUUGAACCCAUGAAUAUAAAUGAUUGAUGUCAGGAAACGACUCGCGCGCUGGCUGCGCACCUGGUGCCAAACCGGUCAGACAGAUGCGUCUCUGCAAGCAGGAGCUCAUUCUGAUGUGUUCCUGCAACUCUCUCUUCCAGCCGGUGACUAAAACUCUAAAUGUCGUUUAUUUUUGCGUGCUUAUUUAUUUAUUAACGUUUUAUAAGUUUGCGCAAAAAUCGAUGCGUCACAAGAUGGAAGCACCUUAUUUUUCUAUUUAACAACCAGUGAAUUUUGGGGGUAUUAUUUAGGUCGGUCCCUCUAGUGGACCUGAUGCCCACCCCUUCUAACCCCCCCAUCUAAACCUGCUGAUGAGAGAGUGGGAAGACGCGCACGCCUCCCUCCAUGCGCCAAAGCCACUCUCGCGCACUUUAACGGGGAAUAAUAGUCACAUUGUCUGUGGGAGAUGCUGGUGAGGAUCCGCUUCAGCACGCUGGACAGCGCUGGGAGGAAGUUGGAGAGGACCGUGACGCGCGCACACACCCGGAUCUGAAGCUAAUGUUGGAGACAUGAGGGUGAUCCCGGUGGAUCCAGGAGCAGGUUAACCUGAAGACACGGAGGACAAGGGGGAGGAGUAGAAGACAUGGACUUUGCUGAAAGCCUCUUCGCCUUGUUCAUCGUGGUGGUGGCAGUGGUGUCUCUGCUGUCCAACUUGUUGGUGCUGCUAUGCUUCGUCCACAGCAGCGAGAUCCGGCGGCAGGUCCCCGGGGUGUUCACCAUGAACCUGUCCUUCUGCAACAUCCUCAUCACGGUGCUCAACAUGCCAGCCACUCUGGUGGGCAUCAUCCGGGACCAGCAGCCGUUCGGGGACCGCGUGUGCCGCGCGGUGAGCUUCCUGGAGACCUUCCUGACCGCCAACACCAUGCUGAGCAUGGCGGCGCUCAGCAUCGACCGCUGGAUCGCGGUGGUGUUCCCGCUCAGCUACGCCACCAAGAUGCGCUACAAGGACGCGCUGAUCAUGGUGUGCUACUCCUGGCUGCACUCCUUCACCUUCUCCCUGACGGCGCUGCUCUUCUCCUGGCUGGACUACAGCCGCGCGUACGCGUCCUGCACGCUGCAGCCCAGCGCGGAGGGCAGCGACGGGGUCAAGUUCACAGUCUUCACCGUGGUGUUCCACGCCACCAGCUUCAUGCUGUCCCUGCUCACCUUGUGCUUCACCUACUUAAAAGUGCUGAAAGUGGCGCGUUUUCACUGCAAGAGGAUCGACAUCAUCACCAUGCAGACCCUCUUUCUGCUGGUCGACAUCCACCCGAGCGUUAAACAAAGGUGUUUAGUUGAGCAGAAGAGGAGGAAGCAGAGAGCCACCAAGAAGAUCAGCAUCUUCAUCGGUUCGUUCAUCAUCUGCUUCGCUCCUUAUGUGAUCACAAGAUUGGCUGAGCUCCUCCCGUUUGUGGACAUCAACCGCCACUGGGGAAUCAUCAGUAAGUGCCUGACUUACAGCAAGGCUGCGUCUGAUCCGUUUGCCUACUCGCUUCUGCGUCAGCAGUACAAGAAGGUCCUAGUUUCUGUGGUCAACAGGCUGCUCCGCCGUGACCUCUACCCCUCGUCGGGCCACAACAGCUCUGUGGACACGGAGAAUGACUACUGUCUCCAGAGGAUCAGCUAAUGGCGAACCUGUGGACAGGACGGACACGCUCCAAUGGUGCAGGGCCAAAAAUAAAGGCUGGCUCGUGGAGAAGGUGGGCGGAGGAAACAGGAUGAGGAGAGACGACAGGGCAUUGUUACAGGGGAAGGAGAAAACAGGGGAGGCAGGGGACAGAAUGUGGGUGGAGGGCAUUGAAGGAGCAGAAAAAUAAAGAAAGCAGAAAGUGGGAGGAUGAAGCGGGGACAGGUGAGGGCGACGAGAGACGAGGAGUGAUAAGAUGGCAAACAAGAGAUCUGUGAUUCAUCAACUACAGCAAAAACAACCAUACAGAUCAAAACUGAUUCGCUUCACCCAGCUGAUCUGCUCAGCUGGAGUCUUUGACGCUUUCAGAGACACGUGGAGGACAACGUGGCCUUUCAGAGCUGAAUCGGACUCUUUGAGAGGAUUCUUGGAAUUGGUGGUGUGACAGCGGUCAUCCUGCUGCACAUUCUAGACAUGUUCUGUGCUUCACAGUCUUUAAAUAUUGAUGCACUUUGUCAAAAUGUCCCCAAGCUACUGUAGUCACAGGAGCCAAAAGGGGGUCGAGAUUCACACGAUGAGUCUGGUGAUGAUUUUCUAUUUUUAAUACAGCUAACAAGUUCCAGAGAUGAAAGAUGUGAGUGUUUACAUUUACACCACGGUUUUUAACCCUACCUGUGGAGUCCCCCCUGGAACGUUCAUCAGAAAAAAUAAAAUAAAAGAGUAAAGGACGGAUCAACGCACUGUAAAAAAUAAUAAAGUGGAACAAGAGAAAAAAGGUAAUUUAAUUUAAUGUAAUUAUUUUAUUUCAUGGCAAGAUACAAUCUUUACUCAAGUGGUUUUAGUGCCUAGAUUUACCAGAUAACUGGGUUCAGAUACUCAAAUUCAGCCUCUGAGUCAACUAACAAAUCUACAUCCACUAGACUGGGAUUUCUAUUUCAUCUUUAAUCAUUCAUUUGUUUACUCACUUCCAAAAUGUAGUCAUUAAGCAUAAAAAAACGCCACAACUGAAUUAAUACUCACACAAACCCCAGCAAUGUCAACAAGAUGAGCUUUUUGUUUUUAAAGGUGCAAUUUGUAAGAAUUCAAGUGUGAAAUUACCACAGAAUAGUCUAACCAUGUUGGAAGAAAGGUUUCACUGAAACAGGUUUCAUUCUCAGCUGGUCUGUUUACGCUCUGAGUUUGUGAGAUUGUAAUUGCAAUUGAACACUGGCAGGCAAAAAGCUUCAGAGUUGUUUAAAUAACCAAAUCCAGUAAACAGGAACAACCUCAGAAUUAUUUCUGGUACCCCUAAGAAGCCAUGACAUUGUUUUGUUUUACUCUGAUAUCAAGUGAAGCAGGCUGGAGGCUAACUUUGAGCUAACAAUGUUAAUGGUGAAUUAGAAGCAAAACGUUACUAAUAACUCAAUAUUACAGUGAAAUUUAUGUUUGAAGUGAAUGAGUAAAUCGUGGCAUUUCAUUUCCUUUAAUUAUUCGUUCAGAACUACAACAGCAAGAUGGCAAACAACACUUCCUGUUUCGCUGGAGACAAACUACUGUAAUACAUCUAGUAAGUGGUCCCAAUCUUAAAAAAUCGGAGUGCCAGCACCAGAUAUAACAAUGUAUCUGCUUAUCAAUACUGUGUAUGACUCAUCUUUACUUGUCAUCUAGAAUCUUCUGGUGUUGAUCCAUAACUGGCAACAGCCAUGAAACAUAUGGAACAGGAGUGAAAAAUUAAUAGUCGUGUCUAAAAUGGACUGCAGUAACCACAUUUGACCACAGGAUGGCAUUCUUACAAAUUGCCCUUUUAAAUGAUCCCCCCAAACAAGCACCCUUCCUUACAGUUUACCUAUGGGUUUUAAUUAAAAUAUAUAUUUGAAAGGAGCUAUAUUAAACUUAAAUAACUGAACCCAAUUAAAGGCCUUAAAGGCCAAAUUAGCCACUAGAAUGGGAAUUUGUAAUAAAUUAGGGAUAAGUUAGAGUUUAAACGAUUCUUUAUGAUAUCGAUAUCAUGACAUAUUUAACAUAUGGUCCAACCCAACAGUCAUUUGCUAUCUUAGACACCAUAUUGGUUGUUUUUAGCUAUUGACCAUAGAACAUAGGGAUGUAUUGUCUCCAUUGUUGAAAAGUGAUGCCACAAUGUCUUGUUUACAGACUCUGCCACGUUGUAUCGAAUCAUUGGCUGUGUUUAAAUUCUGUGAUUGAAUCAUUUGAUUGUUGCAUUUCGAGGUUGAUUGCGUGACAGCAAUGUGACAAAGGCUGUCUAAAUGAAAAGGUUCCUCCAAAAUGGGCCCACAGAUGUGUCCUUUUCCACGGAUUUUAAGGGCAGGUCUAAUUCAUGGCCAACCCUGUUCCAAGGUUCAUAAUAACUGAGUCCCAAGAGAGAGAGGAUUGUAGUUUUAAAUUAAGCGUUGAUUGCAAAAAUGGAUAAAAGCUAUUUUUGAUCAAACUCAACAAACUGUAUUUUGAGAAAUAUAAAAGAAAUGCAUCCUGAAGGAAAAAAAAAGUGGAAAAUGUACAAAAACAGCGUUCUGUUUUACGAGGUGAACUCCUCAAAUGUUAUGCUGGUGAAGGUUCUCAGUCACCCAGGUCACGGUAGUCCAAGGGGUUCAUAACGCAGCUCUGAACCAAAUCCCCAAACAGUUUCAGUCUCGGUCACACCCUCCUUCAUCUAAUGAAUACAACAAUCCCCUCACAAUAGAGACUAACAACCUCGGCGACUCAUCAGGAGACAGGGAGGAGGGGUAUUCACAUGUAGUUUCUGGUCGUUAAGAAACAACACACAGGAAUAGUUUAUAAGCUUGACUCAUAUUCCAGUCAGCUGCCUUCAUUUGAAUCCUUUGGGUCUUCAAAUGUUAAUUAAAGAGCAAGUCAUCCCCAAAUCAACUUUUUUUUCUGAUAAACUAUAUAAAUGUGUGUCUAAUCGUGCUGCAGACACGUGUAGUUAAUAGUUUUGUACUUUUAGUUAAAAUUGUAAUUUUCUGCCUAAAACUGUCAGUGUUGUACCUUUGUCAGGUAAAAACUCUGCACUGCAUUUGAAUUUAAAUUGCCACCGCUAUUGGCUAAGAGGUAUGCUAUGAUGUAAACUGGUCCUUAUGAUGUCACAAUGCCGUUGUGAGCCUGUGUGUAUGUGUGUAUUUGUUAGCGGCUACAACCUCUUGGUCUGCUAGGCAACAGCAUUUGUUGCAUUUUUCAAACAUGAAGAGGGAGUGAAGUAAGUUUCUUAUAGGGGGUUACUUGCUCUUUAAAUAAAAUUAGUGAUGAUAUUAAAAUCUUAAUGCAGUUGUGUUAACAGGUUUUUGUUUUUUAUGUAGUUAUUUUUAAAACAUAAUUUUGGUCGUAUUGAAAAAUCUUCAUAAACAAGCUCCUAAGAUGCUAAAGAUGCUCUAGCUCCUCAAUGAUGUUAUAAAAAGCUCUGGAAUAUUUUGCCCAUAUGUCGAGAUAAUGCUGGAAUAAAUCAGAAGUCCAGACCGCCAUGUUUUACAGCAGCUUACUUUAAGUUUUAGACCACAACAAAUAACCCAGCCGAGCUCUCUGGAGUAUGUGGCCCCUGAAUUUGGACACAGUCACAGUCUGAGACACUUUUGAAUGUUUCAGAUGUGAAUCUGCAGCAAAAGUGUUUACACAGCUCGUCCAAAGGUCAGAUUUCCAAGAUCAGGGGUGAUUUUGCCAGUUCAAGCAAUAACAAUCCCAAGGAAAGACGUUAGCAUAUAUCCAAAAGGUCUGCAGUUUAUUUUCUGUUGUGUUUACCUCGGCCACGUUACCGAAUGCCCUCGUGUUUAACUUCCUGUCUGGCCCUGUCUGAACUACUGAGCUCAACUCGCUCUAGAACCGUAGCACAUAAAAAAAUAAUCCAGAAGAGUCAGUUUAACAAAAGAACAUGACAGUCCGCUUUUGGGACUCAUCAGACACGUGCUGCUUUGCCACCGGUCAAAACACACCCAUGGACAAUGACGGCAGCUAUUAGUUGCAAACUACGCUUUGCAGACGUUACGUAAUGCUUGCACGGUCUAGUGGAAAGUCACAAUAAGGUCAAAAACUAGUAAAUAAAAUCUGAGCUCUGCUUUUAUUCAUUUCUGAGACGGGCCACUUUGUUCACAUGAAGGGGGCAGGGACUAAAACGUGUAGUGGAACCAGCCACUAGGGGGCGCUUGUUUUGGUUUGGUUUUCAACACUGUGUUUGGAUGUCUACGGUCUAUUUUUGUGGAUGUUUUAACCAUAUUGAAUCAAACUAAAUUCUUUAGAUAAACUGGAUUUUCAGCAACUGUGGACUAUACUGGGCUUUGUUUUUACAUUAGCUUUCAUCCUUAAUCUUUCAUACAACCUUUCCUAAGCAAAGUUCCCCAAAGGGUAGGAAACAUUUUUUACUUUAACACACAAAAUGUUCUAAGAUCUCAGUUACAAAUGCUACAAACUCCACAUAAACCUACAGGGUUCAAACAUAUAACCUAAUGUUGACUGUUUUGGUAGAAUUAAGUAACAAAGAAGGAAUCCAUUUGAUUUCAUUAGGGUCAAAUCUGCUGUGAUUGCAGCUAAGGCGAAUCAGAACAAAGAUGCACUGAAAACAAAGAAUGUACACCUUUAAGUAAUGAUAACUGGACAAAAAUAAUAUAAAAACAUUCAGUGGCUGCAGAGAAAAGUUUCAGAUGAAUAGAAUUUUUGACAAAUGAAUUAAUUUAUUGGACUUGAUCUUUCCCAUCACCAGACUCAUACGUCAGCGUGUGACCUGAAUGUUUUAGACAGCGCACUUUAGUCCGAGGUGUAAAACCAAGACUCGAUUUGCAAGCAGACUGCAGAAAGAAACAAAUGUGUGUCUGGAUAUUUAACACCAUGAUGAUGUGCUUUGCUCUGUACAGGAGCAGCUUCUUAUCUAGAUUUAAAGGAUGUAGCAUAGCCAUGGUCUCCAAGUGCUUUAAAACACACUGUUUAGUGUCUGUGCCAGAUUGAAAUGUGUGACUUUUCCAGCUGAUCGGUACUUUUACCAGACCAGCUGCUUUAUUAUAAAACAGAAUCUAUUUAUUUGGAUGUAUUUGACCCACAUGUAUUAUUUUCCUCCUGUGUGCUGUUCUUGGACAGACUGGUUUCAUAUUAGUGGAAUAUGUGCAAUAUAAAAGCUGUCAGUUUUGAAGCUAUUAAAAGUAUUAAUGUUUGCAUAGUGACAUCCUUGAAACUGGUACAAUACCAUUCAUUCCCAUCAUGCCUCAUUGCUGGACUUAAUUUGUAGGUUUAUAAAUUCAAUUUAGUCAGUAGAGUUUAACCUUUGUGGACAAUGAAGGAUUAACGAGGAAAAUAUUUUGAAGGCAGUUGUUCAAAGUUUAUGAGCGAUGUCUCGAAUUCAGUCAAUUUCAAAAUAAUUUAAAUUUAAUAUAUUCGUUAGUUCUGUCCGAGGAAAUUGGAACAUCGACAGAAACGUGAGAAAAUCCAUUUGCAGGAGUUUGCCUAAUAAGAGACAGGUCACAGUUCAGUUUACUCUAACUCAUUAAUGGGUUUUCCUCAGCUGGAUGCAUGAAAACAGUUAAAACACUAUUUAUUUGCAGACUUGAAUUGAAUAAUCACAGUGUUUGUGUGGCUCAGAGCCAGAACCAGGCAGUUUCUCCACUUUAACGCAUUAUAAUUAACCCCUCUUCAUCAGAGGCUAACAAAGAAGAACAAACUGGUAAUUAUAAAUGAUUCAAAUGGAAAAUGUAUUCAGGGUAAAGUACAUGCCUCUUGUUCAGGAAGUUGAAAUCACUUUAUAGAUUUUACAUUUAACUGAUGUCUUAUGAUAUAACAUGCACUUAAAAAAAUAACCCACCUUUACAGUGCCACUCUCUAGCUUCUCUUUGGGAAUAUCGAGACAUUCCUGGGGCAAAGACAAUGUACAAAAACCCACUAAAGGAGUUCUAUUCAGAUAGAGGAACCACCUCAGAUGACCUUUUGAGUUGGAGGAGCACCAGCUCUUCUCUAAGGUCCACUUUAACAAAGGUGAUCCCACCUUGUCUUUAAGGCUGAUCCCAGCUACUCUAUGUAGGAUGUCUUUUCAGCUGCUAACAUCCUGGGUCGUUGGUAUUUUUACAAACCAGUGAAACAUGAGCUUUGCAUUUUGACUCAACUCCUUCACCACGACCCAUUGGAGCACUGCUGUCAUCAUCACCGUAGACAAAGUCCUAAUCAGUUUGUCCAUGUCAUGCAGGACUGGAGACAAAGAACAGCCCCAGUGGAGACCAACCUGAACUUGAAACAAGCUCAUCUCAAUGCCAAGACACAACUCCUGCCUCUUCAAGUGUCCGUGGCCCCCCCACCGCUCCUAGGGACAUGCCUGUGAUUGAGGUGGCGGUAGCUCAGGAAACAAGCCCAGCAGCAGCUCCUCAAACAUCUGGGUUGAGUCCAUAGGCGUCAUUUUAACCGGGGACGCCGGGGACAUGUCCCCGGCAAAAUUUGUGAUUGGCAACUGUGUCCCCCCCUCUUUCAAAAACGCCUGCUGAUGAGGAUUUUUGUUUUACCAGCUCAGAUCUUAUACCGGGGUCGGCAACCUAUUCCCAUCAAAGAGCCAUUAUUACCCGUUUCCCACGGUAAUUUUGGACGGACCUUAAUAAGCAGUGACUUAAGUGAAGCAGGCAGGUCGCGCUAGGAAAUUUAGUUUAAAAAGACGUCAUAAAUGUGUUCCCCCGUCAUUUUAAUUUAUAAAAUAUGAAGUAAAAACUCCCAAUUUAAUUUUCAUUCAUUUGUCAUUAAUAUUUAGUCUACACCCGUGCGUUAAGUGGACCAUUUUCCAGUAAAAGCAAAGCAUCCAGCCCACCUCUCCAAAUGCGUAAAAUGUGCAUCAGCCGCUAGUUAGGCGCACCAUCAGCUGAUCAGCCCAGACAAGAGCAGAGCAACUAGAGAAAGAAUAGAGGAUAAUUGUGUCUGGAUGUGGAUGGAGAUUACAUUUUACAGCAGCCUGAUCAUCAUUUAAAUACGUAAACCAUCACCUGGCUUCUAGUCCAUGCUAUCAGCAUUAUUUUAAUUGGUGUGUGUGUAUGUUUUCCACUUCGAACACUGGUCUAACCAACCAGACCAGCGUGUCCAGUAACAUAUUAAUGUUACAAUUAAACAGUUUCACUUCAUGUAGGCUAGGAACAUUCCACCUGCCGUGGCCCGGCCGCUUCUGCUCCACAUAAACUUUGUGCGUGAUCAAAUGUCUCUACGCGUCAUGCGUCUCCAUAUUAGAGACGGGAACAAGCGCUGUUCAGCCAAAGUUUCAUAAUUUCAUAAAAAGAACAUUUUUCCAAGUGACAUCCCUCAGAGAGACCGGGUUUCCAGACUGUUUCAGUGGGAGGAAAUCAUCGCAUGAGCCGUGGUUCUGCACUGCGCUGCGAACCCCUCAGAUCUUCAGCUCACUGUCCACCGUGGGCGCUCCGAGCCGCGCUGAACACAGUGUCCAGUAUAAAGCUCUGAUGUUCUGAUGGGAAUAUUUUACCUUCGCGAUGUGCGUUAAUGAUUAAAAUGUCAGCUCAUCCAUGCGCAUCAGUGUACGUCGGGGUAAUUAUUUCAAACCAAGCAACAUCCUUGAGUUCAUCUGUCAAAAUAAACAGUCAAAUGGAAAUAUAUGUAACCUGCCAUUUAACUGUUUUGCCUUCCUGUGAAAAUUGUUGCAAAGAGAAACAAUUAAACUUGAUUAACCCCAGAGCCACCCAGAGAACCAGAGCGCAUGCGGGAAGAUUCCUCCCACUGAAGCGAGUGUUUUCCAAACCCUGUCUCUCAGAGAGACUUGUCACUUAGAAAAUGUUCCCUGAUUAUGAAACUUUGGCUGAAUAGCGCUUGUUCCCGUCUCCAAUGUGGCGACACAUCCAGGAACCUGUCUGAGGAGAAGCCCAGAAUCUCAUAUUGUCUUCAGCUCAUAAAGUGCCUAUAUGAUUACGCACAAGCGUGACCCGUCAACCCGGUCUCACAGUAAGACCGGGUUGGACCUGUUCAGGUUUACGCAGACAAUCUUUACAUUUAGAAUUGACUUACAGAUGUAAAAUUAAUGCAGUAAAAUAUAAAGCAUUUUAUUUAAAUAUCCAUUCAUUAUUUUACAAGCACAGAGAGCCGCAUCAGAUGGAUGGAAGAGCCGCAUGCGGCUCCAGAGCCGCGGAUUGCCAACCCCUGUGCUAGCCUACUUUAUUGUCCCCAGCAAUUUUUAAACCCCACUCAAGUGUAUGGUUAUUGUCCCCAGCAAUUCUGAAAACAAACUGACGCCCUUGGUUGAGUCAGAACCAUCACUGACUGGUCUGUAUCUAUUGGAUCAAAGCACUCAACCUUAGUAAAUGUUAACACUAAUGGAAAGUCUGUGCUGUGUUCUGCUUGGCUUGUUGGUCUAGGAGUAUGAAUUUUGCAUUGGGUGUGAGAGGUCCUGGGUUCAUAUCUGGGAUGAGCCCAACUUUUAACAGUAAAUGUAUUUGUGAGUUACAGAAAUUACAUGAAGCAAAGUGAGGGGAAAGCUUUCUGUGCGUGGAGGUGCUAAGUUGUUUGCCACUCAAACUCUUACAAAAUUGCAAGUUUGUCACAAAUAAAAACUUGUUUUGUGCACCACUGCCAUACUGUCUUUAAGUCAACCCUUUAUUAAAAACCAAACAAGUAAGGAAAACAUUCACAUGUUAGAGACAUUACUGUAACAGAUACACAGUCAAUGGCCUUUUCACAAAAGGUGUUGUCUAAACUUGUGUACUCACAUACUUGUGAAACGCCAUCAACACUGGCCCUAGUAUGUAUCAUAGCAUGGUCUCUCAGAGUUCCUGGAUGUGUUCUUGCUUUGUCCAUUGUAUGCUUCUGUGGACUUGGGUCAGAAAGUUAUCCCAAAAUGCAUGGCAAUGCACUAGGAAGUGAGAUAAUAUUAUCCCCGUACAGGCCUGUCUUCAUUGGCUCCCCAUAGAGAAGCCAUUUUAUAUGUUUGCUCUUUGUUUCCAAACCCCUAAAUGGGUUGGCUCCUCCGAUGAACUGGUAAACAUCUUAUCUCCGACAAGAAAUAUGAGGUCUAACGUUCAAUUCCUCUUACCAAUUCUGAAGAAA